AUGGCUGUCCUUCCGCGAUACUAUUGCAACACUUUCGAUGAUAACUGUUACUCCUCAUCCUGGGACAGUUGGGGUCGCUGGGUAGCCUUCGCCGUCAUCGUCGGCUGCGCCUUUCUAGUCUUCUUCUUCUUCGCCUGCUUCAACGCACGCCGCCGUCGUUCUCACGGUCGUCGCCCGAUGGCAGGAACAGCCUGGAUGGCACCACCCCCAGGCCCUCCCCCGCCCAACCAACCCAUCUACCAACAGCCUUACCACGGCAACGAUCCCAACUAUCCAGCGCAGCCACCCCCGCAAUACUCCGCGAACCCUCAAAACUACGGCUAUUUCGGCGCCCAAGGAGGCCCCCCUCAGCAACCCGGAAUCGAGAUGCAACCACCACCCCAUGCGUACGCUGGCGGUGGCCGUGAAUACGAACCGCCCACUGGACCACCUCCAGCCAAGGCAUGA